AUGGGGGCCCAUGGCCGGCUGAGCUCCCAGGCGGCUCGCCGCAGCAUUUCCCGCACCCUCUGGUCCGGGCAGCCCUGCCGCUCGGCGGCCACCGUGGUGGCUACUCAGCCGGCCGCCUCCAAGGUGCUGCCCUUCGAGGCCAUUCCGCACAGCGGCCACAACGCCUGGAUCAACCUCUUCCAGUUCUGGAGGAGCAACAGCUUCCAGAACCUGCACCACGUCAUGCAAAGGAACUUCCAGAACCUGGGGCCCAUCUACAGGGAGAAGCUGGGCACCCACGACAGCAUCAACGUGUUCCUGCCCCACGACGCCGCCCAGCUCUUCCGGGCCGAGGGGACCCUCCCGCGUCGGAUGGGCAUCGAUGCCUGGACUGCCCACCGCGAACUGCGGAACCAGAACUGCGGCAUCUUCCUUCUAAAUGGGGAGAAGUGGCUUUCGGACCGGCUCAUCCUCAACAAGGAGGUGAUCAGUCUCAUGGGUGCCCGCAAGUUCCUGCCCUUCCUGGACACCGUGGCCGAGGAUUUCGUGGACUUCUUGCACCGGCAGAUCCGGAAGAACAGCCGGGGCUCGCUCACAGUUGACCUGUACCACGACCUGUUUCGCUUCACACUGGAAGCCAGCAGCUACGUCCUGUACGGAGAGCGCCUGGGCCUCCUGGAGGAGAGGCCCAGGCCAGAGUCACAGCAGUUCAUCGAGGCCGUGGAGACGAUGCUGAAGACCACCCUCCCGCUGCUCUUCAUCCCGCCGGGCGUCAUGCGCUGGGUGCACAGGGGCCUCUGGCUGGACCACGUGGCCGCCUGGGAUGCCAUCUUCAAGCACGCUGACAGAUGCAUCCAGAACAUCUACCAGGAGUUCUGCGUGGCGCAGCCCUGCAAGUACUCCGGGAUCAUGUCCGAGCUGCUGCUGCAGGAGGAGAUGUCCCUGGACUGCAUCAAGGCCAACAUGAUCGAGCUGACGGCAGGCGGGGUGGAGACGACCGCCAUGCCGCUGCUGUUCACCCUCUUCGAGCUGGCCCGCAACCCGCAGGUCCAGGCCGCCGUCCGCGAGGAGAUCCGCCGCGCCGACGCGCUCGGGCCCCAGGAGCUCUCCAAGGUGCUGAGCGGCCUGCCGCUGCUCAAGGGGGCGAUCAAGGAGACCCUGAGGCUGUAUCCCGUGGGGAUUACCGUGCAGCGCUACCCCGUGCGGGACAUGGUGCUCCAGAAUUACCACGUGCCGGCUGGGACCCUGUGCCAGGUGUCCCUCUACUCCAUGGGCCGGAGCCCGGUGGUGUUCCGCAACCCGGAGCGCUACGACCCGACCCGCUGGCUCGGCAAGCAGGACAACGGCUUCAAGGCGCUGGCCUUCGGCUUCGGGGCCCGGCAGUGCAUCGGGCGGCGGCUGGCGGAGGCCGAGAUGCAGCUCUUCCUCAUGCACGUCCUGCGGAACUUCAGGGUCGACACCGUCUCCAAGGCCGACAUCAAGACCGUCUACAGCUUCGUCCUCAUGCCCGGGAAGCCCCCUCUGCUCACCUUCCGGCCCCUCAACUAG